ACGCCUACUUCAUUCUCCUCUCGAUCUCCCGCCCAAAAAAGUUUGUGUCAGGCAAAGAAGUUUCAACACUGAAAGAUAUUCUUUCAAGAAAAGAGAGAUGUCGACUUCUCAAAAGCACCGGAACUUCGUGGGGGAACCCAUGAGUGACAAGGACGUUACGGAGCUGGCGGGGAUCGGGCCCGCCCUCGGAGGGAGGUUGAGCAGCAAGGGGUUCGACAAGGCGUACGUGGUUCUAGGCCAGUUCCUGGUCCUCAAGAAGAACGAGGAGUUGUUCAAGGACUGGCUCCACGAUACCUGCGGCGCCAACGCCAAGCAGCAGCGGGACUGCUUCGAUUGCCUCAACGAGUGGUGCAGAGCUUUUCUUUAGGGCCUUCACCCGGUUCAGGGACCUUUCGCACCAGAGAUCCACACUUUGAACACUUCCACACACAUUGUAACUGUAGUCGCACAUGUCUUUGAACUGUACGUGUAUCUCUUAACACUUUGAAAAUGACAAUGUACCAUUCUAUGCAACACAUUCAUUUUGUGCGAUGCUAUUAUGUCCAGCUGCAAUCUCUAAACAAUCCUGAGGAGAUGAUCAAUAGACAAGAAUAGCUUGAAUAAACAGCAGCAACUUCACUUGCCCUUUCUCUCCACUUCUUCUACCGCCUGGCCCUAUAGUGUGUGUAUGUUUGUGUGUUACAAACGCCAAGACAUAACCGAAGAACUUACUCUCCGUAUGUCGUACAGAUCUUCCAUGAUGUCCAUGUCUCUCAACAUAUAGAUGACAUACGGACGUACACAACAUUGUCAAGGAAGACAUUGUGUAGCUAUAGUCAUGCAACACGUAAUACACGAAUGAAAACAGGUUGGAUAUCAUUCACUGUGACUGGUUUUUCCUCUUAUCUGGUAGCAAG